UAAGAAUUUGUUCUUAACUGACUUGCCUAGUUAAAUAAAGGUUCAAUUAAACAUUUCAAUAAAAAUCUGUCGGCCAGGACGACCAAGUCCAAACACUGUUUUUUCCCCCUAAGAACAUUUCCCCUAAGAACAUUUCCCCUAAGAACAUUUCCCCUAAGAACAUUUCCCCUAAGAACAUUUAUCAUCUUUUAGCUCUACGUUUGUUUGUUUUUGCCUUUUUAUAUUUAGUAGACAAUUCAAUGUUAGUCCCCGUCCCCAUGGUAACAUGGCGUUAGUCCCCGUCCCCAUGGUAACAUGGCGUUAGUCCCCGUCGUAACAUGCCGUUAUUCCCCGUCCCCGUGGUAACAUGGCAUUAUUCACAGUCCCCGUGGUAACAUGGCGUUAGUCCCCGUGGUAACAUGGCGUUAGUCCCCGUGGUAACAUGGCAUUAUUCACAGUCCCCGUGGUAACAUGGCGUUAUUCCCCGUCCCCGUGGUAACCUCGCAGACAAUCCAUUUAGACCAGGUGUUUGAAAUGUGUGCUCUUUCCCAGCUAUUAAAAGGUGGCUAUUUAAGAGAUCUAUUUAAGAGACUGCUUUUCAUUGGAAGUUUGGCGGAGUGUAUUUCCCACCAUUUUAAUAUAUUGCUGUUAUUCAUUGCUUAAUGAUGAUGAUGAUGAUGACGAUAAUAAUAAAAUGUUUGCUGUUUAAAUAUUUAGGUUUUCCAUCAGGUCUUAUAGGGCCUCGUUCCACUCGUGGUCACUGCAACGUUAUAGAAUAAUCUAUCGACAUUAUUGCGUAACCGCAGUUUUUUUUUUUUUACAUAGUUAUGCCAGGAUUGGACUUGUUUUUGGUAUUGUCAACUGCAGUAGUUUGGGGCACGUGGUCAGCUCUGUUAUCAGCUGAUCUCUCUGUGUUUAAUCACACGUGAAAACAUCUACAGCCUUCCUAUCAGUAUAGAAUAUCCUGAUGCAAAGAUACAUGAACAUGAUUUUAUAUAUACGAAGCCAAUCACAGUAGUAAACUGUUUUAAAAUCCAGGCUCGGGUACAGGUUCUCCUUGCACCUAUUUUACCCACUAUCUUUAUCUGCGGGUGGUGGUGAUGGGUUCCCUUCUCUCAAAACUGGUUUUUAUGAAGCAGGUUUUUGAAGUUCAGCUUUCAUGUCUCAACGCUUUGCACCAUGACGUUAACCACUUUGAAUAUAAACACUCUGUUAAGAAUAUUUUCUCGUCAACAUUAUCGGAAAGUGUAUUAGUGUGGGUUAGAGACAUGAAUUGGUUUAGUUGACUCUCAAGGUGCAGUGUUCUGUUUGGUUAUACAACUUUCAGAUCGUUGUCUUGGGAAGUUCCGUUACAACUAACCCUGACACCGUUUCUUAAUUUAUGCAUCCACGUAACCUUUCACAUUUUGAUUCGGUCUUCAUUCGAUAAUCAAUAGCUUCCACUUAACCCUACUAAAUCUGAUCUUUAGCGAUACUAGUUAAGCCCCGUUUCAUUACUGAAUAAACUAUUUCCCUUGGCAAUCUAUUAUCUUAAAAGUAUGACUGUAAAACCUUUUGUAAACCUUUUGUUAAAAAAAAAGCUACUUGCAUUCUUUCACUAAAUUUCACUAAAGCAGUGCAUGGAGUUUGUAAAAUAAUGUUGUAUGUUUUUCACGAUGACUACUUCUCCCCCUCCUGUCUGUUCCCUGUUUGCUUGCUGUUUUUCUUUCCCCCAGUGAAGAUGCAGGAACUGUCUUCUUCUGCUCUGACCUAACCAACAGAACCCCGAUGAUGUUCUAGAAGCUGUUCUAGAACAGUUUGACACACAACUGAUGUGAAAAGUGUUUCAGUGUGGAAUAGACUGGAAACUGACCAAACCGAUCAAUCGCAGAAAUCCAGUCUGCUUUCCAGUUUGAUUACUACUGUCCAUAGCCCUGUCCCAGGGCGAGCCAGAGAGAAGACCAACCAGUAACCCUCCUGUGUGUUUCUCCUCUCCAACUCUUUCAGCUUUGCGUUGCUAUUGGAUCGUUGCGCUGCUCCCCUUUCCAGCCCGCUGUAUCCGAUUGGAGGGCUGGGAGUUGGGAUCCCGCCCCUGCAGCUCCUCUUAGGCCACACCUCCCUGCAGCUGGCCCAGCUCGUUACCGCUGCAACCGUCACUUCUGCCGCCAACCCCCCCACCACCCUACACUCACCUCCUCUCGCCCCCUUCAUCAACCUCCUCACAGCAGCAGCUACCGUCAAUAACAUGUCCCGUCCCCUAUAUAACCCCUUAGGGGAUCAGUACUCUUCACAGGCCCAGAGAUCUGCCGCCCAGAUGGGGCAGUACGGACUCACACAAUCCCAGGCCGGAAGGGACCCUCUGGGGGCCUCCCGCCUUGGUCUGGGGUCUGGUGGGGGUGGUGGUGGUUCCUCCGGCCAGGGAGGCAUGAUGUCCUCGAUGGUGGCCCAGCAGAUGGGGUAUGACCCGGGGCAGAGAUCGACCGGGAUGACCCCGGAGAUGGAGACCUCCAUAGACCACCACAUCCGCGGGGCCAGAGAGGAGGUGAGGCUGCUCAGCCAGUUGAUGCAGCAGAAUAAGAACCAGCAGGUCUCACUGGACGCCCAAGACCUUCGCCUAAGUCGUGACCCCAUGGACGAGCUCUCGUCUGGGGGAGGGCUGGGCGGUUACACACCUGGCCGGACCUCCAGCGACCAGCAAAGUUCCAUGGACCCCUGGUCUGGCUUCCUGACCCAGUCUGCUUCCUCCAAACUCUUCUCCUCCACCCUUCCUCAGUACCAAAGCCAAACCUCUGGGUUUGGAGGUGCGGGAGUGCUGGGGUCCACCUCAAGAGGUUCCGAGGCUCCCAUGAGCGCCUCGUCCACAGCCUCUCGUCCAGCCCGGUACACGUCUGAGUCCGCCAGCAGCAUCCUGGCGAGUUUCGGCUUGUCCAACGAAGACCUGGAGCUCCUCAGCCACUACCCAGACGAUCAACUGACCCCAGACAACCUGCCCUUCAUCCUCAGAGACAUCCGCAUCCGUAAGGCCAAUAGAACUAUGGAUGUGGACCCUCGGCCCAAGGUAGGCGGUGGACCUGGCCCAGGGUCCGACCACGGUGGUGGAGGACAGAGCAAAGUGAUCGAUUAUGAACAUUCUCGUGCUACUAAAUACGACAGUUAUGAUGAUGGCGAUAAUAGCCAACCCGAUAAUUACAGCUCGCGUAAUCCGCUCCCGAAAGAGAAGCCAAAAUAUGACAUGGUCAGAGACUCGCUGAGCGGGUACGCCGGCCAUUCCAUGACCUCCGACCUUUCCAAGCAGCGUACCCAACAGCAGCACGUCCAGAGCCCCAUGCCCAUGACAGACACAGGCUCUCGCAUCGGCCUUCCUCCGCCUUCCAGCCAACCCCAGCAGACCCUCAAAACCCACGGCUCAUCCUCUAAAGCGACAUCCAAGUCCAUGAACAUCCCUGUCCGCAGCGGAGACCAAGGACUCAACCGACUCCUGGCGUCCCAGAAUCAAGGCAGCGCUCGGGGCCACGCUCAGCCCCGAUCCGGCCUGGUGGUUCUUGGUGGUGGAGGUGGAGCUGGGGUCGGAAUUCCAGGACUCAGGGUUGGAGGUGUCCCGGUCGGGGUUCCUCCUCCCACGACACCCCCCAUUUGGCCUUCCAUAUUCCCCAUCAUGAACCCGUCAAUCCCACCUCCUGGUCAUGUCCCGGUGACUUUUCCUCCGCCCCGGAUUGGUCCGAUGCCUUCCAUGCACCAGCAGAUGAACCUACCUCCCCCGAUGAUGAUGAUGACGAAGAGGUUACCGACCCCGACCAUGAUGAGCGAUUACUCCGCAGCUUCUCCCAGAUUCUUUCCUCAUACCUGUUCUCUCUGUAACAUAGAAUGUGCCCAGCUAAAGAACUGGAUCGAGCAUCAAAACACCGGUCUCCACGUUGAGAAUUGCCGUCUACUCAGGAAAUCGUAUCCCGACUGGAACGUGGAAACUGUAGCUGUAUCAAGUAGAAAUGAAAGCAGCCAGUUGUCCUCCAAGCGCCGUCGGAGGACACGCUCCGCCUCCCGUUCUUCAUCCUGGUCUCGCUCUCCUUCUCCUCCUCCUCGCCCCUUCUCCUACCACACUCCUUCCUCCUCUACUCGCCGACCUCGAUCCAGGGAACGAUCCCGCGAACGUCGACACAACACCACCACCCGGCGUUCCCGGUCUCCGGGUUCACUUCGGGGCAGGGAGAGAGAACGUGACCCUCCGGCCUCGUCGUCUUCCCACCGGGAUCAGGAACGUCGACCUCAGACAGCCUCUUCAUCCCGGAGGUCGCGCUCUAGGAGCUAUGAGCGGGAGAGAGCAAGGGAACGUCGGGAGACGACGAGGAGGAGCAGCCUGCCGAAGUCUAACAGUGCUGAGAGACUGGCCAAGAAACUACUGGAGUCAUCUGCUGGCCUCUCCCUGACGGAGAACACCAGUCUAGAAGUUAUGAUGCAGUCCCUCGCACCCGCGCUCCUGGCAGAGCUCGCGAAGAAGAAGGGAGCCGCCGCCUCCUCCUCUUCCUCCUCGAAGGGAGGUGCCUCUCGGAAAACUGAAACGGGAAUGUCCAAGUCGGGAAGCAAGCUCGGAUCUGGAAGGUCAUCAACCAGGAAAUCGUCCUCUCCCUCCAAGUCAUCCAGCUCCACUUCUACCAAGACUAAGAAGAAACGAGGCCCAGGGACCUCAGCUCUGUUAAGACUGAUGAAUAUCCCUCAGCACACAGCUCAUGAUGAGGUGAUGAAGGCCGUAGAACCCUUCGGAAAGAUCAACAACAUCAUCCUGCUCAAGUCCAUACAGCAGGCGUCAGUAUUGUUUGAGAAAGAGGAGGAUGCCAGACUGCUGGCUAGCUGUAAGACCCUGACCAUCAGAGGCCAGGUCGUUAUCAUACGGAUGGAGGAAGAGACUCUGCUGGAGGACUCAAAGGAACUGGACCGGGACAAGAAGUCUUCUUCUGAAAAGAAAGCGACAGCAGCCCAGUCCCAGACCAGCACCACCAAGUCAACUAAAACAUCUACCAAGUCUUCAACGACCACAACUAAACCGCAAACUGCCGGUACCAAGAACACACCCAAGGUGUGUGGAUCUAAUACCAAGUCCAAGGGGAAAAGUCCCCUCGGUCCUCAGCAGCCUGACAUUGCGAAUAAUAGGUUUGUGAAGAUCGAAGGUUUACCAGAAACUGGAUAUACAGAGGAAGAUGUUCUGGCUCUGGUGAAGCCUUACGGAUACAAACCUGGACUCUACAACUGUUUCAUUCUGCCCAACCAGAGAUGGGCCAUAAUCCGUAUGGAGAGAGAACAGAAGAGCUUUGCUAUGUUGACCAACUACACAGAGUCUCCUCCUAAACUACUGGACUGUCCCCUCACCUUCACGCUGACCCGCCCUGAUACAAACCUCCUCCAGGAGGGUGUGUACACCACUCUGAAGGGCCUCACCACUACGGAUCCAACGUUGAAGGAACGUCUUCUGAUUGUCAGUAACGUCCCCGCAGGGACUGCAGCAGCCCGGGAGGUUCACGACCUCGUCAAACGCUUCGGCUCCUACCUGGACUCGCUGUCUCUGAUCAGCACGAUCUAUUUUGAGAUGGAAUCGUCGUCGGUGGCAAAGACCGUGUGUCUUCAUUUCCAGAAGUCCCCCAGUGUAGUUCAGAACAACCCUCUGAAGUUCAACUUGCUGGUCAAGGAUCAACAGGCACCGCAGCCCCCAGCCCAGAAGACAUCUGUUGUCAGCACGAAAGCCAAGAAGAAACCAAUCAAAGGCAAGAAGCCUGUAGCUAAAGAUGUCACAACCCCAGUUAAACCUGUUACUCCCACUGCUACCAGCACCAAUGCUACGGUCUCAUCCUCUCAGCCUGUUGCCGUGGCGACCAAGCAACCGGGUGACGACGUCAUCGUCGCGGAGGCCAAGCAACCAGGAAGUGACGUCGUGGUGAUGAAUUCCGACGGAAAGGCAACGUUUGCGGAGUCUGGAGAGAAAGAGGGUGGGAUUUCCUCGACGAAAGAUGGGAAGAAGAACGCUCAUCCUCCCAAAGAGGAUGGAGGGAUGAAAACUGAGGAGGAGGCAAAAGGAAACAAGGAAGACACUGCGACCGUCGACAUCGUCGUUUCCGCCUCGUUACCUACGGUUGCCGUGUCCGCUCCCGAGGAAGAGGUCGCCAUGGAAACCCAGAGCACCGACGGCGUCGCCUCGACCAAUGAGGUUGCAGCAGAACCCGAACAGGUUCUAGCUGCGGUCCCACAACAGGGCAGUGAUGUCAUUGCGUUGGCUAGUGAAACCUUGACGACUGUGGCCACAACAGAACCUUGUCUGAUCUCCGCUGUGGAGGGAGCUGAUAACGGGGCCAAUCCCGUCGACUCUGACACCGUUGCUGCCUUGGUACCGGCACAAUCACCGGCUCCUGUCCCGGUAGAGUUAAAUGUUGAAGACAAACCUCAGGACUUUCCUCCGGUCACCGAGGAGAUCCUCAAGGCCCUGGAGGCAGCGGUGCACCAACACCGUAUGGGGAGACUGGCGGAGGAACAGGCUAAACAGGAACACAACCAGGGAGAGGGGAUCCAGGCCAAGCCUCUACCCAACCAGGAGAGCCCUACAGCUGGGGAGACGGCGGAGAGAAAGACCCCGGCUGAGUCAGAAGAGAAGACUGGGGAGAAAGAGACGGCAAAGAAAGAGGAGCCACGACCAGAGAAGAAGUCACAGCCGGACAAAAAGACCACCGACACGAAGAAGACACCUUCAGGAUCUGGCCAACCAGACCACAAGAAGACCACCGACACAAAGAAGGCACCUUCAGGAGCUGGUCAACCAGACCACAAGAAGACCACCGACACGAAGAAGACACCUUCAGGAUCUGGCCAACCAGACCACAAGAAUGGGAAGACAGAGGCUUCCGGAGGGAGAGGCCGGCGCCUCUCCCCAGAAACGAGAGACUCUUCAAGGCAUAGAAGCAGCCGUGCUCCUUCCGAGGAGGAGCAGGAUCCUUCGACGUCUAGACAGGGUAACUCCUCUAGCUCCUCUUCUGGCUCCCGCAGGAGCACCAGACACGACGGCAGCCCCGCCAAGAAGAAGGGGAGGAAAGAAGAGGAAGAGGAGAGGAGCAAGAGCCUCGGUAGCAGCAGUAAAACGACCUUCUCCUCUAGGAGCAGGUCUAAAGACACGGCUAGUUGCUACGCGGAAGAUGAGUUUACGUCUGACGUCAUCCCUGGUGAAGCCAACUCCUUCGAUCUGGACCAGUUCAACAUGGACCAGUUUGUUACUGUGGACGAGGUGGAAGGGGAUGAGGCUGAGAACACCAACCCACCGCAGUCAUCCUCAUCUCCGUCGCACAAGACCCAAGAUAAGGCCUCGGAAAGGUCAAAACGAUCGUCCAAACGCAGGAGGGGUACCCCAGAUACCCCAUCUCCGAAAUCUAGCCUGGAGCACAAGGAGACACCCACGUCCUCCUCCUCUACCCCCCCUGCUCAGAAGACUCCACGAAAAGCCGCAGCAAAAAAGGCAGCAGCUAAACCUCAACCACCUGCUACCUCUGGACGCAAGACCAGGUCAUCAGCAGUUGUUGUUGUAGCAACCGAAGCCGCAGAAACCCAGGAAGCUGCCGACGACAACACCAGCAUAGCCGAUACGGAGGCGGAGCCUGUUCCCUUGGAGACUCGGUCUCAGUCGGAAGAGGAAGUCGUAGUGGUCACUAAGGGAUGUGACACGGAGGAUGUAGUACCGUCAUCCCACCACAAGAUGUCAGUGUUGGACACUGCAGUGACCGACAACAAGGAAGAGAAAAGUGCUGUGUCAGAAAGCGAUAUGGAGACGACCGCUGAAAAACCUCCAGAGCUAGAGGGGAGCGAGGAGACGACCCAGGCUGAAAAAGGUUCCUCGAUUCUGGGUACCGAGGCUCAGAAUGGAGCCUGUCCCCUGGAGCUUGGUCUGACCCAUCCUUCUGCCUCAGCCAAGGAGCGAAACCUUCAGAAGGCCCUGCAACUACAAGAGGUGGAGACGGUGUCGGGUCACCAGGUGCCCCAAUCACUUAUUGAUAAAGUACCUGAUGAUGAAGGUGAUUUCCAGAUACUCGACGAAGCUGUGGACGAUGACACACCUAGAGACGGAGAAGAGGCCAGUCAAGACACUCAAGAACAGUCUGGAUCUCUAUCUCUGGGUUACCAGGCGCCUGCAGCCUCCGAAUCUACAGGUUCCCAGGUGCCUCAAGCUACACUAGAGGAACACGAAGAGAUCACCAACGACGAAGAAGAAGAAUCUGCAUUCCAGAUCCUCGACUCUCUAGAAGACACUGAAGACAACAUGGUCGACUCCUCUCUCGCAGGCCAAGGGGGCCGAAGAGAUUCUCUACCCAGAGAGAUGGAGGGGUUCCAGAUACUAGAUUCAGUCGACGAUCAGACGGAAACGACCCAAGUUCUGGACAACCAUACGACCGACUCUAAAUGUCAGGGGGGCUCCAAGCCUCUAAAGGGGGCUAAGAAGACACCCCAAAAGAAGGGGAAAAAGGAGAUUAAGAAGGUAUCUAAAACUCAAGAGGUGACCAAGACCCCAACAGGAGAGUCCGAGGGGGGUACCCCGAAAAAGAGUAACCUUGUCACCUUGGAUGAGGUGAGCGAGGAGGAGGAGGAUUACCCAGAUGACGCCGCCGAAGAGGAAGAACUUAUUAAGAAACAAAAACUGGUGAAGGAGAAGCAGCGAGAGAUGGACAGAGGGAAGGAGAGAGAGAAAGGGCGGAGGAGGAGUAGAGAGAAGGAACGGACGAGGGAGGAGGAGAGAGAGGAGAGGGUCGGAGUGGAUACUGAGGGCUUGGUGACUUUGGAUGAGAUCGGAGAGGAUGAAGGAGCGGAGGGGCCUUGCCUGGAGUCAGGAGACACCUUCAACCCAGAGACUCUGGUAACCCUGGAUGAGGCUGGAGGUGAUGGGGAGGAUGAUGAGAUGGAGGAGGAAGAGCAGAACAAGAGUCCUGAACCAGCGCAGAACCAGCAAGCUGACCACACAGCUGAUGCUACAGGGUCUCCUGGUGCAGAGGACGACGGCAGGGGCAUGGAGGAAAUCAGGAGAAUGGACUUUGUGACCGUGGAUGAAGUGGGAGAGGAGGAGGAGGAGGAGGAGGAGUUGGUUACCACAAGGAGAGGAGCCAGGGGGAGGAAGAGGGCCCGACAGACCUCUGCCAGGAAACCAGUGAAGGUGAAGAAGGUGAGCUUGAAAGACAAGGAAGAGGAGGAGCCUCGGGCAGAUACGACUCCUCCCACUGACACAGCUUCCGUUGACGCUCCCUCCUCAUUGCUCCAAGUCGCUGUGACCUCAGAGGUGGACGCCCAACCAGCUGCCUCGGUCCCAGACCUCCAGGAGAAAGAGAGGGAGGCUGAUACCCCGGCAGACCAACCCAGCCUGGAGGCCUCCUCAGCAGGGCAGGAGAGGCAGACGGACCCCCCUGAGAACCAGAGUCUGGAGGGGAAACAGGAGACGACAGAUAUCAGUGCUGGAAAGACUUGGACCGACUCCACGACACCACAAGAAGACAGUGAACAGAGAAGAGAGGAGGAAGAGGAGCCUGAAUUAAAACGUUGUCGUUCUGAGUCUCCUCUGAUCACAGACUUCAAACUGCCUCCCUUCAGCCCUCACAACCCUAUAGGCCAGGACUUUGUGGUUCCUAAGACAGGGUUCUUCUGUAAGUUGUGUUCUCUGUUCUACGGGAGCGAACACACAGCCAAGAAGACCCACUGCAGCAGUCUGCAACACUAUCAGAACAUGCAGAAAUAUUACCUGAAGCGUCAGAAGCAACAAGCAGGAAGUUCUAGCCUCGGCUCCGUCUCCAAAUGACCCCCUUGACCCUGGAUGUUUCCCAAAUGGCACCCUAUCCCCUACAUAGUGCACUACUUUUAGACCAGAGCCCCGUAGUGGUGCCAUUUGACUCCCAACUCAAUCAAUCUAUAUUUUCUAAUUUGUUUGUCUGAAACAACUGUAAGUCUGGUCAUAAUACGACACUCUAUGGGGAGACAGAGGAUCUGAGUACAGGAGUGUUGAUCCAGGAUCAGUCCCCCCCCCAGUCCAUAUAGUUAUAGAUCAGCCCCCCCCCCCAGUCCAUAUAGUUAUAGAUCAGCCCCCCCGCCAGUCCAUAUAGUUAUAGAUCAGUACCC